ACUCACAGCGGGUGUCGCCGAGGUUGUCUCGGUCUGCACCAGGUGAGAACUGGACCCCGCGAGAGGAAAAGAUGCUAGAACCGAAAGAGAAUGGCCUGAUUGACCUACCAGAUUAUGAACACGUAGAAGACGAGACUUUCCCUCCAUUUCCACCUCCAUCCUCUCCACAGAGAGAUGGUGAAGGAGCUGAACUCAAUGAAGAGUCAGAGAGCCGAGAACCUGUUCCUGUCCCUCCAAAGAGAACAGUUAAAAGGAACAACCCUAGGCUGGACGCUCAGAGAUUAAUUUCAGAGAGGGGCCUUCCAGCCUUAAGGCAUGUGUUUGACAAGAUAAAAUUCAAAGGUAAAGGUCAUGAGGCAGAGGACUUGAAGACGCUCAUCAGACACAUGGAGCACUGGGCACAUAGACUAUUCCCCAAACUGCAAUUUGAGGAUUUUAUCGACAGAGUUGAGUACUUGGGAAAUAAAAAGGAAGUUCAGACUUGUUUAAAACGAAUUCGACUUGAUCUCCCUAUUUUACAUGAAGAUUUUGUUAGCAAUAGUGAUGAAGUAGGGGAAAAGAAUGGCCUUGAAGUAACAGCUGCUGAAUUUGAUCCCUUCCUGACAAACUCAGCAGAGAGUGAGCAGCUCACUCCUGAGCCCAGGAGGAGCCUCACGGAAGAGCAGCAGCAGAGAAUGGAGAGGAACAGACAGCUGGCCCUGGGGAGAAGGCAGGCAAAGCUGCUGAGCAGCAGUCAGGCCCCAGAAGAUGGCCUGUUCGUGGACACACCCAGCGCACAGGCGGUUGAGGAGGGGCAGCCUGGAGAGGAGCAGGAGGAAGUGAACGGAGACGUGGCCCACAGCCCGCGCGGCGAUACACUUGUCAGUGCUGUAAGUGGAGAGGAUGUGAAAUGAGAGGAAACACCGCCGGACCAGACUUUAUAACUCCAAGUCAAGCGCGGUGGUGCACGCCUAUAACCCCAGCACUGGGGAGGCUGAGGCAGGAGGAUCACUGUGAGUUGGAGGCCAGCCUGGGCUACGUAGUGAGUUCAAGGCCAGCCUGAAGUAGAGUGAGACCCUGUCUCAAAACACCAGAAAACCAUGUCAACUCCAUGCUGCACAGGGUUACUGAGGUUAACGAGGCCUCCACGGAGAAAGUGCGUUAACUCGACAUUCUGCAGUUUGCCAUUUGUACUUUACUUUGUAUGAAAAUUCUUAGGUAGUAAAAUUUAUGCAAAACCCUACUUAAAAUCUGGUAUUUAUUUAUGUUUGUCCCUUGUUGAUUUAGUUCAGCCUGUUUAUCCUGAGGACUAUUUUUAUAUAGCUGUGACCUCACGAAUGAUUAACAGUUACUAAGCGGCUGCUGCUGCUGGUGUGCGCUGCACAGCUGUGCUGACGAAAUGGGGUCACGCUGAAGGUGGAAAUAUGUUCCGACCAUUAAUGUGUCUUUUUAAAAAGAAGUAAAGUGAUUAUUUUUAA